UCAAGGUCCUUUGCCCUAAAGGACUUUGCCCUUCCUCUAGCAGAUUGUCACUGUGGCAUUCUCUGCAGCUGGUCAGUCCCGCAGAGGUCUACGGGGAAAUCAUCCCGUUUGACUCGAACCCCCAGGAGGUGUCUAAAAAGAGCCAGUGCUCCCAGCAGUCAAGUGACGGGAAACCGGCACCGGCGUUUCCCAGCCGAGGAGCCCAGGCGCGAUCUCCUUAGGAGCGAAGCUGACAAGUGCAGAGCUGGAGCCGCCAAAGCCGAGUCGGGAACCGCGUUUGCCCGGGCCGAGGCGGAAGCCGGAGCAUUUGGAGGACGGGACCGCGGGAACCCGGAAACGCCUAGGCUGCACCGAGGUGGCACCGACGAAGGCGGCGGGAGCUGGCGGCGCUGCGGGUCAGCAGUCGCGACGGACCCCUAGGGCUCGGCGGCCUUGGGCUCCCGGCGUUGCUGAGCCGCAGGCCCCAGUGUGUGCAGCUGGCAGAGCUGCGCAGGAGGCAAAUGAAGAUAAAACAAUGUCUGCCAACCUAAAAUACCUUUCCCUGGGAAUUUUGGUCUUUCAGACUACCAGUUUGGUUCUAACCAUGCGUUAUUCUAGGACUUUAAAAGAGGAAGGACCUCGUUAUCUAUCUUCUACAGCAGUGGUUGUUGCUGAGCUUUUGAAGAUAAUGGCCUGCCUUUUAUUAGUCUACAAAGACAGUAAAUGUAGUCUAAGAGCACUGAAUCGAGUACUGCAUGAUGAAAUUCUUAAUAAACCUAUGGAAACACUUAAACUUGCUAUUCCAUCAGGAAUAUAUACUCUUCAGAAUAAUUUACUAUAUGUGGCACUAUCAAAUCUAGACGCAGCUACUUAUCAGGUCACAUAUCAGUUGAAAAUUCUUACAACAGCAUUAUUUUCUGUGUCUAUGCUCAGUAAAAAAUUGGGUGUAUACCAAUGGCUCUCCCUAGUAAUUUUGAUGACAGGAGUUGCUUUUGUACAGUGGCCCUCAGAUUCUCAAGAGAUUGAUUCUAAGGAACUUUCAGCUGGCUCUCAAUUUGUAGGCCUCAUGGCAGUUCUAACAGCAUGUUUUUCAAGUGGCUUUGCUGGAGUUUAUUUUGAGAAAAUCUUAAAAGAAACAAAACAAUCAGUGUGGAUAAGAAACAUUCAGCUUGGUUUUUUUGGGAGCAUAUUUGGAUUAAUGGGUGUUUACAUUUAUGAUGGAGAAUUGGUAUCAAAGAAUGGUUUUUUUCAGGGAUAUAACCGACUGACCUGGAUAGUAGUUGUUCUUCAGGCACUUGGAGGCCUUGUAAUAGCUGCUGUUAUUAAGUACGCGGAUAAUAUUUUAAAAGGAUUUGCAACCUCUUUAUCCAUAAUAUUAUCAACACUGAUAUCCUAUUUUUGGCUACAAGAUUUUGUGCCAACCAGUGUCUUUUUCCUUGGAGCCAUCCUUGUAAUAGCAGCUACUUUCUUAUAUGGUUAUGAUCCCAAACCUGCAGGAAAUCCCAUUAAAGCAUAGUCAUAAACUUUUUUUAACUGGUUUCUCAUGAUGGUGCACUAGGAAUCUCAACGUUAAUCUUGCACAGAGGACUUCUACUGAUUCUGUGAAGAUAUCAUCAUGCUGAAUCUGAUCAUAUUGUUCAAGUGGUUUGAAAAUAUACAGGCUUAAAGAUAAAAUGUUUGUACUGUAUAUGUAGCAAAACACAUUAUGCCUAGAAAUCAAAACUUGAAAGUAUUUCCAGGGUUUAGAAUUAGAGAGAAUAUUGGAGGAAACUUGAAAUCUAAUUUUAAAAAGAGUUUACCUUUUUGAUUGCUGCAGAAAUGUCCUAUGCACUCUUUGCAAGAGCACACAAAUAUCAAUUUUUGCAAAUUAGAUCUACUUACUUUUAUUAGAUGUUUUUUACCUUAUUCUUUCUGUACAGAAAUAUCAAAUCACAUGGAAUAGUUGAAGUUUGAAAAUUAUAAUUACCUAUUAAAGCUGUGAAAAAUAGAAAUAUUUGAAAAAAAAUUUUCACAUAUCUGAGAUUUUUAUAUUUGUAUAAAGAUUACCAAACAAAGGAUUGCCAAAUAUUAUUUGUUCAGUUACAAAAAUUUGAUAAGGUAAUAUUCUCAGUCUGAAUUGUCAGAAAAUAAAAUUCAUAUUUAAAUGUAAUGUAAAGAAACAUCUAUUUCUCCAUAUACAUCCUAAGAUUUUUUUAGUGCUUUGAGACAGCUGAAAGCAAUCCAGUUGUUCCUGUGCUAGACUUUACUCUAAUGGAGUUUUACCCUUGAUCUCUUGACUAUCUUUUCUGUAAAUCAGAUAAAUUCUUAAUAUUACUUUAAAUUAAAUUUUUGUGUUGUUACUGAAAAUUUAAAAUGUAAUUUAAAGAAAUUAAAUACUGAUUUAAUAAUUUAAAAUAAUUAUUGUCGAAUAGCUCCAUUUGGAGAAUUUUGAACUAUCAAGUUAUACUGUAUACAAAUAGAAAGAUUUUAAAUUAAUAUUCUACUUAUCUGUAGAAAUUUCCUUUAAUCAACAACUGUUGACAAAAACAACAACCAAAAAUAUUAGUUGUAUAGGUAUCAGUGGACCAAGACCAAAAUGACUUUUCUUGGAGACAUUCCUGUUGCCAUAUUACAUUAUUUUAGAUGGCGCCGUAAAUUCAAGACUGGUCAGAAGAAAUGUUUUAGACUUCUCAUAAGCCCAUUUUCCCCAGGAGUACUGUGAUCACAUGACUGGGAGAGGUAGUUGAAUUCAGAGUUCCCUUUCUAUGUUCCAUGAAAGCUGCUGGGAAGGAGUCACCAUUUUGCUUUAAAAUAAAGGAUUUUCUUCCCUAUUCAACACUGGAGUUGAGGAUGUGAAUUUAUAUGUUAUUUAAUAAACUGGUUCAAAGGAGAGAGAAUAUAUUAGAAAUAGUAAAAUGAAUUGGUGGACAAAAAUACAUUCUAUAAUUGAUAUAGGUUUAAUUUAAUUAUUGACUAUAUGCAGAUUAUCUAUUAAGUAUAAGAAGUAUUUUGCUUUAUUUUUUCAUUUAUACUGUAUAUAUUUUUAAAAGUCUGUUCUGAUAUAAAAACUGUAAAAAAAAAUAUUUUUAUAUAGUUCUAAUGGAUUUUGUUAAAUAGAAUUUGACUGGAGAAUAAUGUUAUCCCAAACCAUUGGAUACUCUUGGAUAAUUUGGACUGGCUGAGCUACCUUGCUAAUGCAAUGAUCUAAUUUGGACUGCAGUGACCAUCUUUUAGAGUAUUUUGUUUGAUAACCACAUUUUGUUUUAAGACUGCAACAACAUUCAGACUUAUAUCCUAUUACUACUAAGAGAAAUAUAAAUCUUGCAAACACACAGAUUUUAAGACUGAAAAUAAAAAUAUAUGUUCAGUUUACAGUGUUGUUUGGGCAAUUAUGUAUUAAUGCAUUGUGCAUUCAACAAUUUUUUGUUAACCUAGUUUAUUCUGCCCCUAGUCUAACACUUAAGCAAUUACACAAGUAAAUUAUUAGAUAAUAGGUAUGUUUAAUAACAUUUUCAGUUGUCCAUAAUAAUAUAUUUUUGGAGAUUUCCAACAAAUAUUAUAAAAUGUAAUUAGGAAUUGUGAAAAUGGAAAAAUAGUCUAAAGUAUAUUUUUAAAGCAAACUUUCAUUAGCCAUAAUUUAUACUUUGCUUUUCUAAUAGGUUUGAAAAUGUUAUGGAGCUAUGUAGUUUUUAAUUUUUAAUUCAAAGGAAGCAAUCAUAUUGAAGAAGAUGGAUUUGGGUCCUAGAUCAUGUCAUAUAUACAGAUAAUGCUAUUUUAUGUAUUUGUUUUAUGUUUUAAUGACCUUCAGAGGUCCUUAUUGUAUUAAGCUUUUAUAAAGAUGACACCUGGAUAAUUUAAAUUUCUGUACUUUUUUAAAAAGUGUAUUGUUGUCUCUCAUCUAAGUUGUUCCAUGUAUUACUUCUUGGGAGAAAAGUGCCAGUUGAUAAUUAAACUAAAAAUUAAGAAUGUAGUUAUUGUGAAUUAAAGUUUAAAAUGCAACAGGUAGGGGUUUCAAUAUAGCAGUAUUACCAAUUCUUUAAUAAGUGAUUUUAGAGAAGUCCUAAGCUACUUUUAUGGUAGAAUAUAUGGUACUUAAAUAUUUACAUCAAAUGUCACCAAAUUUCAUAGAAAAGAAAGGCAGUUUGCUAUUUAAACUAGAUUCUAAUAACAUGCAAUCUAAAAGGAAACUAAUUGACAUUCUGCUCUGUGCAUUUAGUGUAAUAAUGACUGUUCUUACAUAUCAAAUCAUUGGCCUUUAAAUGUCAUUGUAUAGUCAUUCAACUUAGGUUUUUUUAAGGGUUUAGCAUUCCUUAUUUUAUUUAAACAUGCACAGAAAAUAUUUAAUUACUAUGGGUAUACACUUUAUAUCAGUUGUUUAUGCUCUAUUGAAAGUAAUCUUAAGAAUUUCCAGGAUAAUUUAAUUACAGGGCCAAGGAAAAAGCAUCUUUAUCAAAAUCUGGUCCUUUGUGCCUUGCCUUACCAAAUACCUGAUUUUUCUGAAGAAUAUUUCUGUAAUUUGCACCUUUAGACACAUAGGCAAAAUUAGAAUGUUCCAAAAAUAACUAUAAUUCUGCUUUUGGUUAUUUCAACAUUUGCUCUUUAAACCCAUUAUCUAAUAAAACUGAAAUAGGUAUAACUAUAAAAAGCAUUAGGUAACAGUUCUCAUUUAGAUAAAUUGUGGCACCAUUGUAUCAUCAUCAUUCAGCUUUUGGAAACUUAACAGUUGUAUAUAACUGUCAUUUUGUUGUCUCAUUUCUUAUAAGAUUUAAUUUACUGUAAAUUUAAAAAAUAUUUUUAAAUGGUUUGUAUCCUGAAUUUUUCAAUGCCUAUAUUUUAUUUGUUUAGAAAGAUUCUUUCACUUGGGGAUGUGAUUUGUAUAUUUAAAUUUUUAUGGACAAAAGUUAAAAGGAAUAUAUAAACUGAUCUUUUGUUAAAUGAUUUUUUAAUUGGAAAAUUUCUCUUGUCAUUGUUUGGUAUCCAUUAUUAUCUAUUUAAUAGAUUGUUGAAAUAGAUUAUUUUCAUAAAUAACUCAAGAUUUUCCCUAUAUUUCCUUAUUCAUCUCUGUCUGUGGUUGAACCUAUGAAUUAGUCUCAUCAUAUAAAUCAGAAAUGAAUUGCUGAUAUUUACUUUUCUAGUUGACUUUUUAUCACAUGUGACUGCCCUUCCUUUUUUCUAUCCUAUGCUCUAACAUGAAAGAAUGGGUUUUAUUUAAACUAGUUAGAAUACAUCUGCCUAAAAGUAUUUUUUUUGUAAAUAAAAUGUCUUUGCUAGCCUUAAGGUUAAUUAAGUAAAGUAAUUUGGUACUUACUUUC